GUGUGAACGAAAUAUGUAAACAUAAUAUAUAAUUUCCACUUGAAUUUGAGCUAAGUUAAACGGAUUUUACGUCAAACUUGUGCAUUGUUUCCGAGAAAAAAGGAAAUAACUGAUGAAUUAGUACGACUUAUUAGUAUCUUUUGUUAAACGUAUAGGUUAGAUCGCAGUGACGACUGAUAGGAGAGGAAGAUGCUCAAGAUAUUGUCGCUUCACGAUUUCGAAGGUCCCGCUUUUGGCGAUGUGGCUGCCGUCGGCUUGAUCGAGGGCGUCGUUCAUUAUUGUACCUACGAUGCGCUACAGGACGAGAUGCAACCUUUUGCCAAGUACCUGCGUGACUACCCUGAGGUUUCCAUCACACAGGAGAUCCUUGCGACCCGUGAAACUGCACGUACGAUCAGCGCUGGUGAAUUGUUUCUUCCCGUUCACGAUAGUAUUUUUAAAAAGAUUGCCAAUGUAUGGAGAGAAAGAGGGUUAUCUGAGGCUAUUCGCUUUGCUGCUGCUGCAGAUCCAAAACAGAUCACAAAUGUUGUGCAUUGGAUUGCAACAAGAUUAAAUUCGAUAUUGGAUUUAAUGGAUAGAGGAAUAUAUCACAGAGACGUGUUGCCAACGUCGGGAAAUGGAUCUGUUGCUGACAUUGUUGCUACACGAGAUUGGCAUACAUCGCUGGUACGAUGUUUAUCCUGGCAUCCACACUGCGCUCGCCUGGCUGUGGCUAUGAGAGACGAUAGAAUUCGUAUUUUUUCACAAGGUCUAUUAGGCGUGCCAGUAUUGAGACAUAGUGGGCAAAAGUCAGUCUGCUGUUUAAGUUGGAGACCUCAUGCCGGUCGCGAAUUAGCAGUGGCUUGUUACUCCGGAGUAUUAAUUUGGACAAUAGAAUUAGGAGCAGCUAGUAAUUUACUUAGCCAUGCAGUACUUUUGAAUCAAAGAAAUCAUGUUCCCGUCACAAGUGUCGCAUGGCAUCCACAAGGUGACUUGUUGGCGUCUUGCUCACCAACGGAUUUAAAUAUAAUAAUCUGGAAUGUUUCUAAAGAGGAAGGAAUUCCGCUAAAACGUAUUGGUGGAGGUGGUAUAUGCUUUUCAUGUUGGUCGACUUGUGGCUUGCGAUUAUUCUCUGCUUCAUGCAGAAAGAUCUUCAGAGUUUGGAAUACUGGCGUUCCGACGACAUGGCAUGCAGAAAGAUGGACUGUACCCCAAGGUCGUGUAGCAACUGCAUGUUUUGGUCCCAAUUUAACGUUACUCUUUGCUACUACCGAAGAUCCUUCUACGAUAUUUUCAUUGCCACUGCAGAAUAAUAUAUUCGAUGUUAAAAAAGCAAAUAAUAACGAUAUAAAAAUAGCUACGCGCCUAAUCGAUUUAACAAAAGUGAAUUUCUCAUCAGAGGAUAAUGAUGAUUAUGUCACGGUGGGAGGUAGAAUUGUUUCUAUGGAAUGGGAUCCGACAGGAAAAUAUCUUGCUAUUCUUUUUCAGGACAGUCCAGUUAUUGCUCUGGUCAAAACAAGCUUAAGUCAUUUAUCGCGAAUAGUGGAAGCACAGGCAAGCUGCCUUAUUAAAGGAUUUACUGGAGAAGUGCCAAACUGCAUCAAUUUCUUUCAAAAAUCUUCGUCAUGGAUUUGUUUAACAAUAGCUUGGAGCAGUGGACGAGUGCAGCAUUUCCCGAUUGUGGAAAGUGAAUCUAAGGUUGAUCCUAAUAUACAUUCCACAUUAUUGUCACAAUCCAUGAGACCAAGUAAAUUGUACAGCUUUGAUUGUUAUAGACAAUAUUAAGUUAUUAUAAUAAUACCGACGAGAUAAAAUACGAGUUUUGUACAAUUUUUUCUAUCUUCAUACAUUUUUAAAUGGUAUAGUAAUGGAAAAAU